AUGAUCAGCCUUCCCGCACGCCCGAGGCGCACCACCAUCGCGACCGGCGCGCGCUCGACGACGGCCCUCCUCGGCGGCGGCGGCGCAGCAGGACGGCCGGCCAACAAGGGCCGCCGACGCAAGUUGAGCGUGCCACUCGUCGUCCUCCUCGUCGUGCAAGGGCUCGUCCUGCGGCAUUGGUGGGCCAGUCGCGACGACGACGGCGAGGGCACCAAGGCGGCCCUCGCGCGCAUCUGGCCCUCGACCUGGGACCGCCCCGUCGGCGUCGGCCCGGGCACCACGUCGACGGCGCUGCGGCGGCGCAGCGACCGUGCCCUCGACGCCCCGUUCGCCCUGUCCGCCGAUCCGCUCCCCGUCCACCACGUGCACGAGCAGAUCCACUUCCACAACCACCCGCUGUCGCCGCACCGCCCGCCGCCCAACCAGUUCCUCCUGUCGCCCAAGGCCGUCUCGAGCGGGCUCCUCAAGCGCACCGCACCCGUCAUCAGCAUCGUCACGGCAACGCAGAACCCGCGCGCCAUCAUGCUCGAGACGGCGGCGUCGGUCCUCGGCCAGAGCCUGCAGAACGUCGAGUGGGUCAUCGUCGACGACCACACGACCGACCCGGACUCGCUCGCCAUGCUGCGCCAGAUCGCGAGGGACCCGCGCGUCGUCAUCGUGCCCAACACGGGCGCCAAGGGCCUGUCGGCGAGCCGCAACGUCGCCCUGCGGUGGAUCCUGAGCGACGACAAGCUGAGGGCCGGGCGCCGGCCAAAGUACCUCGCCAGCCUCGACGACGACGACCUGUACGAGCUCACGGCCCUCGAGAAGACGAUCUGGAUGCUCGAGUCGAACCCCGAGUGGGACCUCGGCGGGUUCCAGGUCAUCAAGUUCAACGCCAACAACGAGACGGUCACGAUGGGCCUGCACUCGGGCGCCGCCAACUUCUUCAACGGCAACUUUGUCCCGAACGCCGCCAUCUACACGACUCGCGCCGUCAUCAACUCGGGGUGCGCGUACGACGACGUCAACUUUGCCGUCGGCGGCGAGGACUGGGACUUCUGGAUGUGCCUCGCCGAGCACGGCCACUGGGGCGGCACGGUGCCCGAGCCGCUGUACUGGUACCGCGGCAACCCGGCCGCGUUCCGCCAGUCGCGGUGGGGCAAUAUGUUCGUCGACGGCUUCUCGUCGCUCAAGCAGCGCAUCCACGACAAGCACCCUGCGCUCGCCGAGCCGGGCCGGUUCCCCGACCCUCCUGUGCGCCCGUCGCGCCAGCUCGAGGCGAUCGUAUGGGACGCGCCGUUCGAGACGCACCUCGCGCGGUUCAAGAAGUCGAUCAUGUUCAUCGUCCCGUGGCUGUACGUCGGCGGGGCCGACAUCGGCGCGCUGCACCAGAUCCAGCUGUUCGCCGAGCAGGGUUACCGCGUCACGAUCGUGUGCACCCUGUACCGCAGCCCGCAAGGUGUCGAGCUCCGGCCCCAGGUCCUCCAGUACACGCACGACGUCCACGUCCUGCCGUCGUUCCUGCGCGCGAGCGACAUCCCGCGCUACAUCAAGUACCUCGUCCACUCGCGCGGCAUCGAGGACGUCGUCAUGAGCAACUCGCAGCUCGUGUACGAGAUGCUGCCCGCGCUCGCCGAGCAGAUGCCGCACGUCAAGUUUGUCGACUACCUCCACAACGAGGCGUACGACGGCUGGAAAUCGGGCGGGUACCCGACGUUCUCGCUCAUCUCGCAGCGGUUCCUGUCGCGCACCGUCACGUGCUCGUGGUACCUGCGCGACUGGCUCAUCCAGCGCGGCCACACCAACCCGGACGCGAUCGGCGUCGUCAAGCUCGGCAUCGAGGUGGCCGACUUUGCGCCGGCCAACGCGACGACGCGAGCGCUCGCCAAGCGCGACCUCCUCGACGUGCCCGAGUCGACGGUCGUCAUCUCGGUCGUCGGCCGCCUCGACCCGCAGAAGCGUUCGACGCUCGUGCCCGACAUCGCCAACGCCCUGCGCCGGCUCGGCACCUUCACAAAGGGCGACUUCCUCGUCGUCAUGCUCGGCGACGGCCCUCUCAAGGACGAGGUCAAGGCGCGCGUGUCCGAGUUCCACGUCGGCGACUUUGUGCGCCUCGUCGGCACGGUCGAGCACCCGCAGGCGUACCUCGCCGCGACCGACAUCUUCCUCCUGCCGUCGAUGAGCGAGGGCAUCUCGAUCGCCGUCGCCGAGGCCAUGGCCAUGGCCCUGCCCGUCGUCACUGCGCGGGCGGGCGCGCUCCCCGAGCAGCUCGGCGAGCUGCCGGGCCACGUCGUCGACAAGGCGCAGCUCGCCGGCGUCCUCGUCGACCACGUCCUCGACGCCGCUGUCGACGCGCCCCUAUACGCCGACGAGCUGUACCGCCUCAUCCAGGACCCCGAGCUGCGCGCCGAGUUUGGCGCCAACGGCCGCAAGAACGUCGAGUCGACGUUUGACUGGCGCAAGACGCUCGUCGGCAUGCUUGGCGAGAUCAAGAAGGCCGAGGUGGUCGACCUCAAGAAGGCGCGCUCGAUGCCCAACCCAGCGGCCCACUUUGCGCUGCAGAACGUCCUCCUCGAGAACCACUCGGAGACCGACUUUGCCGCCGCGCAGAGCGCCCUCAAGGCGCCGAACCGGUCGGGCGUCGGCAAGGACCUGCAGGAGCGCUGCGGCGAGACGUCGUCGGCCCUCACCGCCUGGAUCGACUCGGUCGAGGCGCCGCAAUCGUGCGCCAAGGGCGGCAAACUCGACGCGGCGACGCUGCAGCGCAGCGCCAAGUUCCAGUGUGGCGCAUGGUGCCUGUUCGACCUGACGACGGCGCUGUACGCCGGGUGGGCGUUCGACGGCCGGUGCUUCACGCCGUUCGACGACCUCUCGCCUGGCUGGUGCAAAGAGUUCUGGUCGAGCCGGCCGAGCGGCGUACGCCUGCCCAAGGACAUUGCGAUCCGGCUCCUCGACGACGGCGAGGGCGACCUGGACGACGACGAGGACGACUAG